AUGGAGAUGAGCCACAGAGGAAAAGAGUUUCUUUCAAUCAUUCAAAAAGCAGAAUCAGAUUUGAGAAAAUUACUCGACAUCUCCGAUGAUUACGCCGUCUUGUUCCUUCAAGGCGGCGCCACCACCCAAUUCGCUAGCAUCCCGUUAAACAUAUGUAAACCGGAAGAUCCAGUUGAUUACAUCGUCACCAGUUCAUGGGGCGACAAGGCGUAUAAAGAAGCAACAAAAUAUUGCAAACCUAAAGUGAUCUGGACCGGUAAACCGGAGAAAUACACCGGGUUACCGGUUUUUGAUGAGUUGGAUCAGAGUAUUAACGCAAGGUAUUUGCAUAUAUGCGCCAAUGAAACUAUUCACGGUGUUGAGUUUAAAGAUUACCCCACUGUAAAAAACAAAGAUGCGGUUUUGGUAGCUGAUAUGUCUUCUAACUUUUGUUCAAAACCGAUUGAUGUUUCGAAAUUUGGGAUUAUUUAUGCAGGGGCUCAGAAGAAUGUGGGCCCAUCUGGGGUUACAAUUGUGAUUAUAAGGAAAGUGGUGGCGCUGUGGCGGUUGUGGGUGUCGCCUGAGGGAUUGAGAAAGAAUGAAGGUUGGAUUAUGGAGAAUUGUUGCAUGUUGUUGAAGAGAAAUUAG